AUGCAGGAUGUUGAUGGCAGUGAUAUAGUUCAGUCUGACUAUGAGUCAGACAAGGAGCAGGGUGGUCAGGAAAAGAAUCCUCUUUUGGAAGCACUUGAUGACGGGGAAGGGCCUACUCAGGAAGAGAUUACAAAUAACUGGUUUAGUCAGGAUAUCUUUGCCGAAGCUGUAGAGCAGGGGGAUUUGGAUAAGUCUGAUAGUGAGGAUGAAAUGCAGGUUGAAAGGCAGGAGAAACCUUCCUUGGUAGGAAAGGCCAAGGAGAAUAAUGCAAUUCAAAAUGUUAAGAAAAAGAUUGAAAAUGAUGCUGCAGGGUCCAAUCACCAUCAAGUCCAAGCUUCAAAGGCAGAGGACGAUUUUGAGAUAGUACCGGCUCCUGGUACAGAUUCAAGUGAUGACUCAUCAUCAGAUGAAUCGGAGGAUAUGGAUAUUGAUAAGAAAGCCGAGAUACUGGCAUGUGCAAAGAAAAUGCUGAGGAAAAAGCCAAGGGAACAUAUGCUUGAUGAUGCGUAUAAUAAGUACAUGUUUGAUGAUGAGGGCUUGCCCAGGUGGUUUUUGGAUGAGGAAAAGAGGCACCGCCAACCAAUCAAACCUGUGACCAAAGAAGAGAUCAAUGCAAUGAAAGCGCAAUUUAAAGAAAUUGAUGCCCGGCCUGUAAAGAAGUUGGCAGAGGCUAAAGCUCGAAAGAAGCGGGUAGCCUUUAGGAAGCUUGAGAAGAUUCGUAAGAAGGCAAACACGAUAUCAGACCAGGCAGACAUCUCUGAUCGUUCAAAGAGGAAGCAAAUUGAACAAAUGUAUAAGAAGGCCGAGCCUAAGAGGCCUCAGAAGGAGUAUGUGGUUGCAAAGAAAGGAGUUCAGGUCAGGGUUGGCAAGGGUAAGGUCCGUGUCGAUCGACGGAUGAAAAAGGAUGCAAGGGGUAGCGGUGCGGGUAAAAGGCCAGGUAAAGGCAAUUCAAAGAAAAGUAAAAGUAGUGGCAAGGCUCAGAAAGGCAAGGGGCCUGGAAAGGCUUCAACAAAGCCAGGAAAGGCUUCAGCAAAGCCAGGAAGGAAGGGUGGCAGAUGA